AUGGUAAACACAAGCCAUACACGAAGCCACGUUAGUACAGAUGUUAAAGGCACAUUUGGUUAUUUAGAUCCAACGUAUUUCUUGACUCGUAGACUAACCAUGAAAUCAGAUGUGUAUGCCUUUGGUGUGGUCCUAUUUGAAGUGUUAUGUGCGAGGCCACCAGUGGAUUCAAGUGUUGAGGAGGACCAAAUGGGUCUAGCCGUAUGGGUUAAAAAAUGCAUCAAAAAGGGAACCCUUGACCAGAUCAUUGAUCCCUCUAUAAGAGGACAAAUAUCACCAAAUUGUCUAGAGGUGUUUGCAGAAGUUGCUAAGAAAUGUUUACAUAAUUAUCCAAAAGGAAGGCCUACAAUGAGUGAAGUUGUGGGGAGCCUCAAGCAUGGAUUGGCAUCACAGGGCAAUAUUCGUAUAUCUGGACAAAAGGGAACAAUAAGCAUUAUGUUUUUGAGUAGUGCACAUGUAGUGGCUAAAGGUAUUGAUCUUGGGUGGAGGAAGUGGAAGAACAACGGUCCUAAGAAUGGCGUGUCAUGGCAGCUGCGGAAGGAUCCAAUUGCAGAUGCUGUUAUCCAAUUAUACCAUCGUUUCACUCUUGCAGAGAUUCGAGCAGCCACAAAUAAUUUUCCCUCUGGCGAUCAGGUUCGGUGGCGACAUCGAAGUGUAUAG